AUGUCCCAUUCUUCCAUCGAGAAGCACGAGUCUGAAAAGGUUGCUCCAGGCUCCCGCCAUGUAGAGCACGUCCGCGGCAACGAGCUCCACGACGCGUCGACGAAAAAGGUUCACAAUGCCACCUUGGCCGCUGCCACUGCUGCCGGUGCUUUGAACCCAUGGUCCAAGGAAUCCAUCAUCCUUUACGUUUGCUGCUUUGUCGCCUUUUUGUGCUCUUGCGCAAACGGUUAUGAUGGCUCUUUGAUGACGGCAAUCAACGGCAUGGAUUACUAUAAGAACCGCUUCGUCAAUGGCAACGGCCUCGGCGAAGGAACUUCCAUCAUCUUCUCCAUUUACACUGUCGGUGGUAUCAUCGGUCCAUGGUUUGCGGGUCCCAUUACUGAUAAAUUCGGUCGUCGUGGUGGUAUGUUCGCUGGAGGUCUUGUUAUCUGCCUUGGCUCUGCAGUCAUCGCCAGCGCCAACCACGCAAACCAGUUCAUUGCUGGACGCUUUAUCCUCGGUUUUGGUGUUUCGAUCAUGACUUGCGCUGCUCCAUCCUAUACCAUUGAAGUGGCUCCUCCUCAGUGGCGUGGUCGAUUUGCUGCCUUUUACAACUGCGGUUGGUUCGGUGGAAGUAUCCCCGCUGCCGCAAUCACCCUCGGAACCGCAAAGAUCAAGAGCGACAUGUCGUGGCGCCUUCCACUCAUCUUCCAAUGCGUUCCUGCUGGUGCUGUCGCCCUCACCGUCUUCCUCCUUCCAGAGUCGCCUCGUUGGCUCCUUGCCAACGGACGCGAUGCUGAAGCCAAGGCGUUCUUGACCAAGUAUCACGGAAAUGGUGUCGAAAAUAACCCAGUUGUCGAGCUCGAGUGGCAAGAAUUCAAGGAUUCGAUCAAGCUGGACGCCUCCGACAAGCGCUGGUGGGACUACUCCGAGCUUGUCAAGACCCAUGCCGCUCGCUGGCGUUUCUUGAUGGUCGUCUUGAUGGGUGUCUUCGGUCAAUUCUCCGGAAACGGUCUCGGCUACUUCAACCUCAACAUCUACGAGUCGAUUGGUUAUGACUCCAACAUGCAGUUCAUCUUGAACUUGGUCAACUCUAUCACGUCGGCUAUUGGCGCUCUCACUGGUGUGUCGCUCGCCGACAGGAUGCCUCGCCGCAAGGUCCUCGUGAUCGGUACUUUUGUCUGCGCCAUCAUGUUGGCCAUCAACGGUGGAUUGAGCGCCAAGUGGAACUCGAAUGCCUCUGCUGGUAUCACAGACCUCAAGGUCGGCCAGGGAGCUUUGGCCGCCUACUUCUUCUUCAACAUCAUCUACUCGUUUACCUACACACCUCUUCAGGCAUUGUACCCUGUCGAGUGCCUUGCCACGGAGACCCGAGCAAAGGGUAUGGCCAUGUACGGUGUCGUCGUCAGCGUCUUCUCGUUCAUCAACCUGUACGCUGGACCCAUUGCCCUCAAGAACAUCAAGUACAACUACGUCUUCAUCUUCGUCGGAUGGGACGUUAUCGAGUCCAUUAUUUGGUACUUCCUUUGCGUCGAGACUGUUGGUCGUACCCUCGAAGAGCUCGAGGCCGUCUUCGAGGCGCCCUACCCAGUCCGCGCAUCGACGAAUCUCGAGACCAUCGCCGUCAAGAGUUCUGGCGGCGUGGCAAUCGUGGAUGAUGCUUGA